AGGUCAAAUUAAUCCUUAUUGAUAAACAGGCCAUUAUUGAUUAAAUUAACAGGGUAUAUUCUGUACAAUUAGUAACAAGUGAUUGUGAUCAUUUUAUUGAAAACAAUGGAUUUUCAUUCUUUGUAUUUAAACUUUUGAAAGGAAGGAUACAAAAUAGUCUGUUGUAGAAUAUUUUGAAAUAGCCAGUGAUUGAAAUAUAUUGGCAAAUUUGUAACAGAGAGUCCAAGAUGAUGACCUUGAUACCUCAGGUUCUACGGAAUGAACGUAACCUUUGUUGUUUGUUUUUCUUAUUAUUGUUUAGUUAUUACAUUACAAUGGACGUCAUAUUGUAUGUGACUAUACAGGAUACGACAUUCACCGAUCAGACACGUGGAGAUUCAUACUCAAUGUUUCAUCCGCUCAGUGCAAAACUUGUCAUGAGUGACCACACAAAUCAUUAUUUCAUGGUUCCAACUACAGAAAUUUUUGAUGAAUUGACAAGAUUUAGCAAAGUUUUCUUUUUUGUGACUCCUAAUAUGGUGACUAUCACUCAUUUUAUCCUAGCAUUAGUGGCAGCAAAAUUCGUCAGCUCAGAAAAUUUGAAACACAGAAGAAUUGCAGUUGUUAUUUAUGAAUUUCGAAUCUGGCUGGAUAGUUUGGAUGGUGUAAUUUACAGGAGUCAUGCCCAUGAAACUGUUUAUAAAUCUAACAAAUCAACAUUGGGAUAUUAUAUGGACACAACACUAGAUGUGUUAGGGGGAGUUGCAUUCAAUCUCGGAGUUGUAUUCUUUCUGUUUAAAGGUGCACCUUUGAUAAGUAAAACUCAGGAAUACAUUUUACCAUUUUGUAAACCAGCUGUUCCAACUGAAAAUGGUGUGACAAAUGGAAAUGGAGAAAAAUAUACAAAACCAAGCAAAAAAUUUAUCUUCUGGAAGUGUUGGUGUUUUGGAUUUCAGAUUUUUAUGGCUUCAGGUUCGUGGGAUAAAAGAACUGAGCAGAUGGGAGAAGUAUUGGAAACCAACCUUAAAAAUGAUGCACAAACAACUUUACAGACAUCUAUGUUACACUCCUUCAGUACAUGGUUGGUUAUGUAUAUGUGGAGACUGUGUGAUGGACAGUCCCUCUUCCAAGUAUUCCUGGUUGUUAUUUUUAUGGAUAAAGUUUGGGAGUUCCUGAACUUUGUACAAUAUAUUGGAUAUGUUAUCCUGAUAUCAGUUAAUGUCAUUACAGUUGUGCAUGUAAACCAUAUAAAGAAUGUUAUUGGAAUCAAAUGAGAAAGAUAAAGUUGUGUCCCUUUGUAGUAUGAAGAGUUAUUUGCCUUUGUGAUCUAUAAUCUGUGCAGCAGCAAUGACAGCUUAACCUUUAACCUUAGUCACCUGCCACAGUCAUGAUGCUAGUCUUUGUUGGACACUUGUUUCUCCAAAAUGGCCAAAAAUAAUCUUAACAUAACCAUAAAUGUUUUGUACUGGGUACCUGCUACCCAAAUGUAUUGUAAUGGGCACCAGCAAACAAAAUAUAUUGUACUGGGUACCGGCCACCAAAAUGUAUUGUACUGGGAACCAGCAACCAAAAUAAAUUUGUCUUGAGAUUGUCUCAUCCAAGUGUAUUGUAUGUGGUCCCUGUAUCACUUAAAUGCAUUGAAUUGGACACCUGUAUUAACCCAAGAUUUGUUCUAUAAAUUUCCUUUCUCACAAUUAUGUUAAUUGGUAACUAUUUUUUAGAUCAUACUGAAUUUUUCAUUUCUAUUCCAUAAAGAAAAGAACUGCCAAUUUCCAAAAAUAAUAUAUUUAUUAUAUUAAAAAUACUGAAAAAAUAUUUUGAAACGAAUAUCUCAAGUUGAACUUAAAUAUCUAGAUAUAACUCACCUCAAUGAAGGCACACUGAAAUUAUGUCUAUAUCUGACUACCUUUGAAAUCAAUCUCAAUAGCAGGAAUCUAUAAAGUUAAAUAUCACUUCUGUUAGUUUUUCACUUCAAAAUGAAAAUUGGUAGAUGUAGGGUUGUCUCCCUUACAUUGUAGUUGUAGGAUUGUCUCCCUUACAUGGUAGAUGUACUGUUUGUGUUGAUAAUAAAGCCAUGAUUAUUUCUGCCUUGCUUUGGGAGAUUUUUUUCAUCUUUAGAGUAUUUAUGAGCAAAAUUUAUAGAUGGAGAAAAGUUACGAGAAUUAAAAUAAAAACAAUGGUUCUCAGCAUAAACCAAAGUUAUGCAGAACAUAGCUUUUUAUGUCUGUUUAAUUAACAGGUUGUAAUAUUAAAGUUUAAUCAGACAUUGUUUAACAGAAUCUCAUUAGUACAAUAAGGGCUGUUCCAGAGUUGGAGGCAUAACUCCAACCACCCAUAAUAUAAAAUGCUCAUUUUACUUAUAAUUCUUAGAAAAUGCAACCAUUGAGUUGCUCCCCCACCAUGAUAAAUUUUGGAACAGUCAUAAGUUUAUAAAAGUAUUUAAAUAUGAAUUAACACAAUUUCUGUCUCGUAACUUAAUCAAGGGUGAUGAUAACUGGAUCGGUGAAAACACUCAGCCAUAUAUCUACUGAUAUUUAUAUAUGUACAUGAUGUAUGUAGUACAUUUCUUUUUUGGGAAUUACGAUUAUAGUUUUAAAGAACUGAAAUUGCAUAUGAUAUUUAAAUUUUUUUGUUAAUUUGCAAUGUAGUUCAGACAUUGAUGACUUGAUGCAAGUAUUCCUUUGUAAAAUUAUAGAUUUUAUCUUUUGGUGUUUUUUUUUUUAGAAAAUAAUAGCACUUGCAUGCUAUAUUUUCUUCAAGCUUUUUGAUGUUUUUUCAGUAUGUAUAUGUUGAUUGUUAAUUCAUGUUUUGUCAUGAAAACAAAGUUAUUGUAGAAUAAAAAGUUUGCUUAUAUUCUAUGUAUAAGAUAUUUUUAUUAAGAAGUAUUUUGUUAUAUAUAAUUGUUGUGAUCAAUUUGAUAUCAUGGCUAUUUAAGAAAAAAAUGUAGGGGAGGAAUGGAUUUUUCUUUUUUUACACCACCUUUCAAAAUAUAUUCUGAAAUCUAGAAAACUGCAUCCUGAAAAUUCAUUUGAAUCCUGGUGCCCAAAAAUUCUUGAUUUUAGUAUUUGCCUCAUCCGCUACAUUUUUUUCUCUAUAAGCCAUCAUUCAGUUCAUUAUUAAUAUUUAAAAAAGAAUGUUUUCUUCUUAUAUGUUAAACUUAUAUAUACACACAGGGAUUGACAUGUUGGCAGGGUUAAUAUCAUUCCUUCAUAUCUGUUCUUUUAUUUAAUUUCUGAAAUAGAAUUUAUUUUAGACAGAACAUUUGUCGUUUAAUAAUUGUAGCUAUGUAUCCUUGCUGCUAUGUUUUAUUGCUUUGUUUAUACUAACUGCAACAAAACAGUAUUAUACUUUGUCCAAAGAAAGAUAACUUUGUACUUGUUUUAAACAUUGAAUUUAGCUUUUUAAUUUCUAUCAAAAUAACAAAAAUUGGAAAAAACAUAAAAUGCUAAAUAGCAAAGUUCCAAUUUAAUAGUUUAGAACCAUAGUAGAACAACCUUGUAUGUUUAAAUGAUUUUGUUAAUGUUUGAUUGUUAUGUUAAAGUAAUAUACAGUGAAACAGAGUGAUCACUGUUGAUUUUGGGUUGUUAACUCUGAUGUAGGAACUCUGCUAAUGAUACAUUCUUUAUAACUGGGAAUUAAUCAGUGGGAGUUAUUAGACUAAAAAAAAACAAUGAGUUCUCUCUACACACAAAUAUUUUCACAGUGAACAUCAGUUAAUAUGGCUGUAUAUCAAAACUAAUAGUUUUAUAAGGAGGAGCUUAAGAAAUGUUUCAGUUGAGAUGUAGUAAAACUGUAAAUGAUGCAAAGAAUGUCUUGUCCUAAAAAAGAUUUUAUGAGUACCAACAGUGUGUGGAUAUUUCAAUGUGCCAUAUUUAUUCUAAAUGUUAAAAUCUCUUAAUGAUAUAGAAAUGUGAAGAAUAUGUCCCAAGUAUUCAUGAAAAAUAUAACCUGAAUUUUUGUGAAAUGUGAAAGAUUUUGAAUAUUAUAACCAAUAGUCUUGAUUGUAAAUGGUAUUACUUAUGCUAAUAAAAUUUGAAGUCUAGAACCAAAAUCAUAAAAUGACAUGUGUAGGAUAUUUCCAAAAGCAUAACAAAAUGUGAAAAAAUAUGACCAAAAUCAUCAUGAAAUAUGGAAGAUAUGACCAAAACAUAUGGAUAUAACUUAAUGAACCUAAAUCAGGUAAAUUAGAUAUUUCUAUAAGAAAUGAAAGUGUGAUGUUGUCAGAUUUAUAUGGCAGUACCUUUAAAUUACCUCAGUUGCUGAUAAAAGUUACUUCAUUUUGUACUUUGAGGAAAACAGUUUUCUAAAAAUCACUCAUAAAAUCAAAUUUUAAGCAUCAAUUGUUUUCCAGAUAUUUGUAAAUUUUAAGUAGGAUUAUAUAAUUCAGCUUGCUAACGACCAAACAAAUGUAAGGUGAAAGAAAUGUGUAGACUACAAUGUCAUUGUUUUCCUGAGCCAUGGUAUGCCAUUGAUGCCUAUUUAUACCUCUAUUUCAAUUCCACCAUUCCAUAAGUAUUCAUUUUUAUAACCCUAAAUGAUUUGUAUUUCAUUGGCUGGUAAUAUUUAACAGUUUAGAGUAGAUCCUUGUUUUCAUUUAUGUUUUUAACUUUGAAUACUUUUUCAUAAUGAAAACCCAUAUACAUAUACACUGUAUUAGAUUUGAUUACAUAGCUAUACUUUUUCAACAGCCAUCAUUGACUUACAAGUUGGUGUCCACUUGAAAAAAUUAAUUUAAUUGGUUUUAAAAAGUCUUUAAAAGGGACAUGGUGCAAGUUUUGUAUAAACAUGUUGACAGUUAAAAGCUUUAUAAAGCACUUGUUUUUGUUUUUAGUUGUUUAAUUAAUGAAGUUAUCAGAUACGUGUUGUUGUGCAACUAUAAAAACCUUUUCUCAAAACUAAGGCCAAUUAUAGCAUGUGUUGUAGAUGUCAGUAAAUGUCAAAUUUGCAAGAUUUUUUCUGGCAAUUCUAAUAUUUUAACUAUUGAUAUUAAAAAUAUAUUGCUGUACAUGAAUAGACUGUACAGUGAAUAUGUUGGAGGUAAUCCUCAGGUGAGAAAAAAUUGUUUAGCCAUAUAUAUAUUCUCAAUUGAGAUGGAUUUUAAAAAAUUUUGUUCCCAAAUUCAACAUAUAAAUUGUAAGUGUUAGAAUAGGUACAUGUGUAUUAUAUGGUCAAAAAUUGAUUUAAACCAGUUUUACAAAUUACAUAUUCCAUUCCUGAGUAUACUUCUUGGAAUUUAUUUUUAUAUUUCAAUUAAUGGUUUUCCUUCGUGUUUUCCCAAUUGAAAAGGUAAAACUGUUAUUACAACAGCCAUAAACACAUGUUAAUUUUGUAAUGUCUAUUGCCAUAAACACUUUUCUUCUGACCAUUCUAGUGAUUGUUAAGAAAACACAGGGUUUGACUGAACUUAAUGUUUAGCAUUUGGGUAGAGUUUAUUUUUCAUCCACGUUUCAUAUUUGGUUGUGUUAUUAACUUGUUAAAACUGUACGGGUCUAGAAGUAUCUUCUUUUGAAAACAAAUAAACCUAAUUUUCAGCAUAUCUUAGAAUUUUUUGUCAUAAAAAAUAAUACAAUUACAAUAACAAUGCCAGUGAUAGGUAUACUAGAAAGAAGAAAAUUCAUUAGAUAAAAAUACCCGAAACACAAGAAACACCUUCUGCAGUUGUUUAAGAUUGGGGUUAAAAUAUUCAAAUUAGUUUCCCGUACAACUAUUGCAAGCCCUUACAACUCUUAUUUAACUUGAUCUACUUUCAGUUUAGAAUCGUUAACAUUAUUUUGUUAUACCUAGAUUAGUUUUUAUGUAGACAAUAAAAUAAAGGAUGAAGAUGAUAAAACGGAAUGCAGAAUUGGGAAUCAUAAAUCAAACACUUCAAAAUAUUAUUUUAUCAUUUGACAAAUAAGAAUAAUAAUGUUACUUGACAAAUUGUUCCAAAUGAAAGCAAUUAGUUUAUGUUUCUGAAAUAUUUUGGACUAAGGAAUAAAAGAAUUUCAGUAUUUUCUAAUUUGUCAUUUUCUGAAGUUAAGAAAAAACAACAUACUGGAGAUUGUUAUCUCCUAUUUCAAUAAUGGAUGAAUAUCAUUUGAAGUUUUCUAUAGUCAAACAUUAACAUUGUCUUUUGUAGCACAGUGUAGUGCCUUUCAAUGAAUACCAGAGACACUCAUAACCAUGUUAAAUAGUAGUUUUUCGUGUUCUGUUACAUAGUAAUGAAGGCCGUCCUACAUCGUGAUAUUUUUUGUGAUUAUUAAAAUCUCAUCGUAACCAUAUGUAGGUAAACAUCAACCAAAUGAAGCAUGUAUAUGAAUGUAUGUCUGUGUAGGUAUUUGUUUACAAUUAUUGCUUUAUAAUGAUGUUCUAAUAAAGUUUCAAAUGCAGUAUAUGUGAAGUUGAAAAAAUUACAAAA